UUUCUUUGGACCUUGGUCAACAACGUUUAUCCAUGCAUCUUAUUUCAGAAGAGAAAACCUUUCGAUGACCCAAGUGAUGUAGCAGCAGAACAAGAAAAUUAAAACACAAAGCAUGUUUUCUUCCAUGUGGAAUUUUAUCAAACGUCACAAAAAGAAGUUUAUCUUCAGUGGUUUUCUCGUUGGAGGUGGUGUAUACUUGUACAGAUAUGCACAAAGAAAAUUUAAAGAAAUCCAAGAAAAAGAAGCAGCAGAAUGCUUGAAACAUGCCAGACAACAGCAUCAUUUUGACAGCAAUCAAAGGACUUGUAAUAUGACAGUGAUAUCAAUGCUUCCAACACUGAGAGAAGCUCUGAUAAAGAAGUUUGACACAGAUGCUGUGAAAGAAUCUCUGAAGACAUGUCCAGAAAAUAAAUUAGAACUUUGGGAAGAAUUGAAAGUUAUCAGUCUAGCCCGUAUCAUCUGUGUGUUGUACGGCUGCAGUAUCCUGUGUCUUGUCCUGCGUGUACAGCUCAACAUCGUCGGGGGCUACAUGUUUCUGGACAGCAUGUUCAAUCGCAAUGGAAUGACCCAGAACAUGGCAGUGGUUCCAAAAGAACUCCAAGAGAGAUACUUAUCCCUGAUUCGUCACUUCAUGGAUCAUGGACUGCUUGAGCUGUGUGAUCUUAUCCAUGGAGCAGUAGAAAAAGAGGUUUGGAGUGUGUCCUUGAAGGAACGUUUGUGCUUUCACAACCUUAAAGCCAUUACUGGUCAGAUCCGCGAGCGCAUUGAGAGCAGCCCCGAGAUCUCUGAUCUGCAAUCACCCACCCUCAUGUUGUGUUCCUACAUGUUGCCCUCGGAGGGACACACAAGUACAGUCAGUAAUACUGAAAAUGCUGAAGAGAGAAUGUACCAUCAGCUGGUUCAAGAAACAAGGGAUGUUUUAGAGAGUCCCGACUUCCAUGCCGUCCUCCACACUUGUCUGGACCGGGGAUUUGCUAAGCUGUUAGAUAGUCUGGCUGACCACUACCGACAGACCGCCAGUGACCAGCAUCAGAAUCUCCAUGAAGUUGGUAUACCUAUGGCCAAACUGAUACCUGUGAUAAGCGGUCUGCUGUUUAAACUCUGUAGUGACACACCAAACCCUUUGAUCCAGGAAUUACUGCUGCUUGACCAAGCUAAGACAUUGGCGGCUAAUAUUUAUGAGGCAUUUAGCCAGCAGGAGGAACUGGCAUCAGGAGUUGAUCAGAAAACUUGAAUACACUCAUUAUAGCCUGAAAAAAAACUUCCUGUCGCUGAGGUUGUAGAAUGGUUGUCGACAAAAACUUUGAUUAAUAAAUAUGAUGCUGAUUAAAACAGCAUCAGUAGUAAUUUAUUCUGAACCUUGAGCAUUUCCAUUGGCUAAUUUAAGCUAACUGUAAACCUACUUAAUUUAGUGCAAUCAAAUUUUACCAUAUUAUUGCCUUAUGGCAAAUCGGCGUAUCCACAAUAAAUACUAUAUAAGUAACAUACAGAAACAAUAAUUAAUGCUAUCAUAUUUUAGCACUAUGCUUUCAGCGUGAAAAGCACUAAAACAAAAUUAUGGCUAAAAUCUGUAUGUUUACAGUGAUGUAUUUUGCCAGGGAAAACCUUGGUUUUUAUAUUAACAUGGUUUCCCUUUUUAAAAAAAAUCUUUCAAGUGUAUGCAUGAAAAUUUAAAUGUCCACUCUAAGAUGAAGAUAGAAAUGAAAACAUUUGUUUAAACAGAGGAAAUAUUGAGAACAUGGCUGUUUAAUGAACGUAUACAGAGGAAAGAUUUUGACCUCGUGACUUGAUUGGCACAGAAAGAAAAUAGUUGACAAUAGGGCUAUGAUUUCAAAUCAAUAAAAUACAGGCAGUUUCUCUAACAAGGUGGUGUUAAUGUAAGGCUAUGUCAGGAUAAAAAAUGUGUACAUAAUAUAUUGUGUGUAUAUGUAUGCAAGUGGAGGUGUGUGUGUAUUAGGGUGGAAGUUUGUGUGGGUGAGACUGUUUAUAUGUAUUUGACUCUUGGUACUUGUAUGUGUGUGAAGGUGUGUGUGAAGGUUUGUGCGGGUGACUGUGUAAAUGUGUUUGACUGUGGGUAAUUGUAUGUGUAUGAUGAUGUAUGUGUAUCGGGGUGGGGGUUAGUGCGGGUGACUGUGUAAGUGUGUUUGACUGUGGGUAAUUUUAUGUGUGUGAUGAUGUAUGUGUAUUGGGGUGAGGUUUGUGUGAGUGACUGUGUAAGUGUGUUUGACUGCGGGUAAUUGUAUGUGUGUGAGGAUGUGUGUGUAUUGGGUUGGAGGUUUGUACAGGUGACUGUGUAAAUGUGUUUGACUGCGGGUAAUUGUAUGUGUGUGAUGAUGUAUAUGUAUUGGAAAGGAGGUUUGGGUGACUACAUAUAUGUGACUGACCGUGAAUACUGGUAUGUGUAUGAAGUUGUUAAGAUAUAAAUGGUGAGAAAUAUUUGAAACUUCCAUAAUGAACUGACGUUAUUUUAACAGAAGUAGGAUGUAUGUGGAAUAUUUCAUGAAGUCGGUUGUAAAACUCACUGUUUGUUUACACAUAAAAUCAUAGCAUACUGAAUUAUAAAACUCAUACCAAGCCUUUUUUGGCUUGACAAGUUUUAUCUGUAUAUUGUCUGAACUUGUAGAUUUCUGUAUAGAAUUGUACAUAAUAGUAAUAAUGCAUUUGUACAUGAUAUACAAAGCAUUACAAGUAUAAGUUAUUUACAAUUGAUUUAAUACAUGUCUUCAAUAUUUUUUCCAAAUAAUUGUAAACAAUUAUCUUGAAAUUUCAAGAUGUUUAUAUAAACAGAAAAUGAAGAUUUUUUUUUUAUUUAAUUUUGUUUAUCAAUGACUGUUGAAUUUAUACUCUGAUUAAGAAAUUACAAAUUUUGAUAAUUGCCAACACAGAUUCUGAAUUACAAAAUUAACAUGAAAUAUUUCACGAAAGGAUAAUUGAAUAGUUUUGUAAAUUCAAAUUUUCUGGAAUGUUGAUAGAUUUUGAUCUCACAAUUCCUACAAUGAAGGAGACAUUUCA